AUGAGGCAUACCCUCAAUCUUGCGCUUGGCAUUGUCGAUUGUCUGGGUGACAGUGCCGGUGAGCUGAUAACAAUUACCACGAAUUAUGCCGUUGGCCUCACUCAGGAUCUUGCCGCCCUCCUCAAUCAGGGGCUUGACCUCCCGGACCAGGGCCUCUUCGUCCAGCUCUUCCUUGGGAGUACGCUCUGCACUGUCGAUCUUGUCUGUGAUCAACUUGCACAUAGGUCGGACCUUGUCCAGGACCUGCUCAAUGCAUCCGCCGAGCUGUCCAGCAAGCUUCCUGUCCUUUUCAUUUUCUUCCUUCAGCUUGGCUUCUUCCUCACGAGCCUUUCUCUCCUCUUCAGUCUCCUGCUCAACCUCAGGAGGAAUGUUCUCAAGAAGAGAUACAUGGCCAAUGGUGUGGCCCUUGGAGUCGACAACAUCGCCAUCGUCAUCGCCACUGACAAGUUUGCCAAUGAUGUUGCCAUCCUCGUCGACAACGUUGCCUUCGCGGUUCACUCGUCGACCAGCGAGAGGAUCUUUCUUCUUCUCAACCUCGGGCUCCUCCCACCGUUCGGCCUUUCCAAGGACGUUGCCGUUUUUGUCCACGACAUCGCCACCCGAGAGCUCUGCAAAGGGGCCGUCCUUGGAUCCUUCGCGCUCACCCUCAGAAACAAUCUCAGCCUUGCCGAUAAUGUCGCCAGACUCGCUGCGCACAUUACCUUCCUUGUCGCACAUGCGGCCAACAAGAGCGGAAACAUUUCCUUCGAUGACGCGGCCAUAGAUGACGCCAGACGAAUCAACGACGUUGCCUCUCUUGUUGACACGCUUUCCAGCCAGACAAGAGCGGUCAACUACCUUCUCAGCUUCAGCUUCUGGCUCAUCCCAAGCCUCAGCCUUACCAACGACAUUGCCGUUUCGGUCAAGGAUGUCUCCAUCCUCGUCGACCUUGCUACCCUUGAGGCGUUUGGGGUCGCCCUGAACGACGACGCCGACUUGGACGCCGUCAGAGGUCACACGACCGUCUGCCUCGACGAUGGCAUUAGGGAAAUUCUCGAAUGGUGCAAAAUCCUUCUGCUCAUCACGGUCGCCCGUGGACAGAGGCUCGCCCCUGCCGAUAAUCUUGCCGCUACUAUCCCAAAUGUCGCCGUUCUCGUCGCAUGUCCUGCCCUGGAGGUGCUUGAUGUUGCCCUCGACAACCUUGCCGACAACUUCACCUUUGGAAUCAACCAGAUUGCCAACCUUGUUGACUUUGGCGUUCUUCAGAGAGCUGGUGUCACUCUUUUCUGGCUCCUCCUCUACUGGGACGUCCUUCUCCUUUGGCUCAGCCUUGCCGACAACGUUUCCGUUUCGGUCAAGAAUGUCGCCGUCCUCGUCGACCUUGCUGCCUUUAAGACGCUUGGGGUCGCCUUCAACGACGAUGCCGACCUGCUCACCCUUGGAGGUGACACGGCCGUCAGAUUCAACGACAGCAUCUGGGAAGUUCUCAAACGGAGCGAAGUCCUUGCGGUCAUCGCGCUCAGCCUGAGAAAUGGGCUCGGCCUUUCCAACAAUCUUGCCGGCAUCGUUCCAGAUGUUGCCCUCUUCAUCGGCCUUCUUUCCAAGGAUCUGCUUGACGUUGCCCUCGAUAACACGGCCAACCAUCUCGCCCUUGUCAUCGACGAGAUUGCCAACCUUGUUUACCUUGGCGCCCUUGAGGAUGGUGUAGUCGAGUUUCUCAGCCUCCUCUCCUUCAGCUUCCUCUCCCUCAAGCUUCUCGCCUGCCUCUCCCUCAAGUUUCUCAGCUUCCUCUCCCUCAAGCUUCUCGCCUGCCUCUCCCUCAAGUUUCUCAGCCUCCUCUCCUUCAAGCUUCUCGCCUGCCUCUCCCUCAAGCUUCUCAGCCUCCUCUCCCUUCUCGCCUGCCUCUCCCUCAAGCUUCUCGCCUGCUUCACCCUCAAGCUUCUCGCCUGCCUCUCCCUCAAGCUUCUCGCCUUCCUCUUGUGUCUCGCCUGCUUUGGAUUCAUCUCCCAGAGCUUGCUCCUCACCGAUGGCUUCGGGGACAUCAGCGCCAGUUACCUGGCUCUUAUCGGCGCUUGCAUCAGUCUUACCGCCCAGCGUCUUCUGAUCAUCCUCUUGCUCGUGAUCUUCGAGGGCUACCGGACCGUCCUGCGAUCCUUCAAUUCGAGACUCGCCGGCUUCAGUGCGAAUCUCGUCUGGGACUUGCGAAGGAGCGUCCCCGGCCUUUGA